UGACAUAUAUUACAUCUCAAUGAUUUAUCAAAAUAAACACCAUUUUCAUUAAACAAUUUCAAUUUAUAACCAAAUUAAAAUGUUUCUGACACAAUUAUUACAUUAUAACUAUUCCAGCUUGAACUGGCAUGCGUUACAUUAAUGUAAUAUAGCAAAAUGGCUUCCGCAGUGGCAAGAGAUGGCGCAUUCAAUAAUGAAUCAAAUUCUUUGAAUCCAAGGAUAUCAUUUCAAAAUAUAUCCAGAGAGAAUGUAGAAGAAUGUCAGCUGAGUAAUCAAAUUAAUGCACGUUCGUCAUCUGAAUACACGUUAACAAGCGGCCGGAGUCAGUUCAGCUAUGCUAUGGACACUUGGAUGGCAGGAACUCCAACGGAGAGUACGGAUGUUCAACGCAGUAGAGUGGCAGCAGUUCAGCGGUCCACCAUGGUCACUCCAUCGUCAAUCGGUAGUACUGACAUGUGGUACAUCCUGGCGAUGGUACUGCCCCUGUUCAGCUUCAACAACGUAAAUUUUGGCUGGAGAUGCACUCCUAGCACGUUACUGAACACCGCUGAAUUGUUCUUCACGCAAAUAGCAACCGUCUGCGACAGAGUUAAGGACCGUAUUCGCAGAUUGGCUGAAGACCAUCUAGCCAGGGACAUCUUCGCUACUGCAAUGGACAUCGUGCUGGUCAUUUACGCUAUGGGAUUUCUAAUAAUCUCCAUGUACCAAGCUUCCGUUAUUGGUUAAGCUGUUUUGAAUUCUAUGCUAAUUUAGUUACAGUUGAUUUUAAAUUGUGAUAGUAGAUCCUGAAUAUAGAUUUGUUUAAUACAGU